GAAGGAGCAGCCUGUGUGACUGGCAUCCAGUGUCCCUCUGUUACCUCCUCCAGCAUCUCCCCAGGACUCACCUGUCUUCCAGCCACACAUUCUCCUUCACCCUCCCCAUGAAGAAAGGAUGAACGAGACAAGUAGCUGGUCUUCCUGCUAGGUGCACGAGAAGUGAUGAUCAACUCUGUGGAUCUUCUGAGGAUGUAACGAGGGGACUUGGAGCCUCACACCAGUAACGAUGGGAGCCAAUAACUCAAGUAAAACCUCUGUGUGCGAUGAAAAUGAGGAAGUUAACUUUAAUCAUUUUGAAAUUUUGAGAGCUAUUGGCAAAGGCAGCUUUGGAAAGGUCUGCAUUGUUCAGAAAAAUGAUACAAAGAAAAUGUAUGCAAUGAAAUACAUGAACAAACAGAAAUGUGUGGAGCGCAAUGAAGUGAGGAAUGUGUUUAAAGAACUGCAGAUCAUGCAAGGGCUGGAGCAUCCAUUUCUAGUCAACCUCUGGUAUUCAUUUCAAGACGAAGAGGAUAUGUUUAUGGUUGUGGAUCUACUCCUUGGUGGUGACCUUAGAUACCAUCUACAGCAAAAUGUCCGUUUCACUGAGGCCUCUGUAAAGCUCUUCAUUUGUGAAAUAGCUAUGGCACUUGACUACUUGCAGAGCAAAAAUAUCAUUCACAGGGAUAUUAAACCAGACAAUAUACUGCUUGAUGAGCAAGGGCACGUACACAUUACUGAUUUCAAUAUUGCUACCCUGGUCAAUCAAGGUACAAAGAUCACAACAGUUGCUGGUACAAAACCUUACAUGGCUCCAGAAAUGUUCUACCCAAGAGGUCAGAUCUGCUAUUCUUUUGCUGUUGACUGGUGGUCCUUGGGAGUUACAGCAUAUGAGCUUCUAAGAGGCAGGAGACCUUUUCACAUUCACUCAAGUAGUGCAGCAACAGACAUAGUCAAUGUGUUUCAUACAGCGACUGUUACUUAUCCUCCUGCCUGGUCCAAAGAAAUGGUUUCAUUACUGCACAAGUUGCUAGACAGAAAUCCAGAGGAGCGCCUUUCAUGCCUUAAAGAUAUUCAGAACUUUUCUGGAUUAACAGAUAUUAACUGGAAUAUGGUCCUGCAGAAAAAAAUGAUGCCAGGAUUUACACCUACGAAAGGGCGACUUAACUGUGAUCCAACAUUUGAGCUUGAAGAAAUGAUACUAGAAUCUAAACCUUUACACAAGAAAAAGAAGAGACUAGCCAAGAGGGUGAAGAACAAUGGGAAAAGUCCUGCAGCAAUGAAUGGCAAUUUACAAAAACACCUGGACAAUGUGGAAAGAGAUUUCAUUGUGUUCAACAGAGAGAAAAGUAAACAAGACCUGAGUGAAAGCCAAGAAGAUUUGUCUGAGGCUCAAACCAAAGAUGAGGAUGGAAAAAAUAACAAUCUCUAGUCUUUCUGCUACUUCUACAAUAGUAAUAAGAGCAUUAAUUAUGUUUUAUCUACCAAUUAAAGAGAUGUUCUAAUGAAAAGGUUAAACCAGACUUCUAAGGGUCACAGUAAAUUGUGAUCUUUAUUUGUUGCAGGCUGUUAACUUAGGAAGCAGUCUGCUUAUUAAAACCUAUAGCAUUUAAGCUAGACUUAAGUUAUUUAC